CUUACUCUUACUUUCCCUCGCUCUGCUGACGCUUUCAACCUACUGUAUUUACAUUAUUAAAAAAAAAUAAGAAAUAUAUUAUGUAAAGGUUAACUUAUAUCAAAGCGAUAAAACAAUUUGAUACUAGUGUGUUGUAAUUUAUAUCUCGAAGAGUGAAAAUGUCUGUUGCUUUUGCACCUCGAGGUAACCGACCUCAAUUAAGCCCAGCACAAAUCCAAAAAAUGUUGGAUGAAAAUGCACAUUUAAUACAAACAAUUCAAGAAUAUCAAGCUAAAGGCCAGCUAAUGGAAUGCCACCAAUAUCAGCAAGUUUUACAUAGGAAUUUGGUUUAUUUAGCAACUGUGGCAGAUGCCAAUCAGAAUAUUCAAGCUCUUCUACCGCCACCACAUCAAUUAGCUGCUGGUAAUGUGCAACAAGGUCCACUAAACCCACCUACUAGUGGAGCUGAUGUCCCAGGAUCACCUCAACAACCAUACAGGCCACCAUCUGGGAUUUCAUCUACACCAACUAGACCAACUCAAUCAUAUGGUCAGAGACCAUACCUGCAAAAUCAGUAUCAAGGACAGUAUCAAGGGGCUCCAGGUGUCUACCCACCUCAAGCUAGUUACGGACCACCAGGGCAGGGAUAUGGACCUCCUAACCCUACGCAACAACCACAGGGCUAUCCUCCAAAUUCAACUUAUGGCCCACCCAUUACCACUUCUCCCAAUAAUUAUCCUCCAUCAACACAUCCAGGUCCUGGAUAUCCCCAAUCAGCUAGUCAGCAACCGUAUGCUCCUCCACCAGGUAGUCCAGCUGCAGCAGGCUCACCAUAUCCUGUACGUGGUUCAAGUCAACCGGCAUACACAGGAAAUUCAGGUUAUGCACCUCCUCAAUCUGGUGCAAAUUAUCCAAAUGUUGGUGUUAGUUCUUAUAAUUCAACUACAUCCCAACCUCAGCCAUAUCAAUCUCAACCUUUUCCAAAUACUACUCCAACUUCUGCAUAUAGCUCAACUCCUAUUUCACAACCUAAUCGCUCCCCACAACCUCCUCCUAGUGGAUACACAUCACAAAAUCCAACAAGCACGGGAUAUGGUUCACCAUCGGCUCAAUCGCCGACUUACAAUUCUAGUUCUCAUGGAAAUAAUGUCCCUCCAUCAACAGUAGCAUCAGGUGCUCCACCACAAACUGGUCCCCCAGGGCAACAAUAUCCACCAACUGGUCAACCCUCCCCGUAUCCACCAGCAACACAACCACCUUAUUCUAAUCCUUCUUCUCAACCUGGAAGUCCAGCUCCCUCAGUAUCUACAGCUCCUCCUCCACAAUCGUCAUAUCCUCAAAACCCUCAAAAUUAUCCCCCAGGAGGUGGAGCUUAUCCUCCUCAUGCUUAUCAACAAGGUUAUCCUCCAGCUCAGUACCCACCUUCUCCUUAUCCCUAUGCUCGCGCUCCUGCACCUGGCGCGCCGCCCCCUGGAGCUCCACAACCAUAUCCUGGUUAUGGAUUUCAGCCUCCUAAUCAGCAAUAGUUUUCGACUCAAUUUAAAUAAAAUGAUUAAGUUAAAAGCUAAAAAAUUAGUCCUACAAAAUCGCUUGAUCUUCUUUCGGAGUAAAUUAAAUCUUACAGACUAAGCUUAUUAUAUCAUCAUCAAUAAAUUAAUUUAAUAUGAAUUUUAAGAUAGUUUAGAGAAUAAUCUAAAGAUUAAGUAAUAAUAGUAUAGUUACAAUUAAUUUGUUUUUAUAGUAUUAAAGUUUUGGCAUUUUUUCUUUUAAAAAGAAUGCCAUUCUAGGAAUAAGUUAAUGGAUUUAAGUAGUCUUUUUAAUUGUAUAAAUAGGUAAAAAUAAAUGUCACUGAAAAUACAAUUUAUUUGUUAUCAUUAUUUAUUACUAUUACUAAAA